AAUGAUAACGAAACAAUGUACACUAGUCGGCUUCCUAGUAUUCUUGCAGCUAUGCUAUCAUACAAGACUGUGACCGGAACAAAAAACUUCAAAAAGUUAGUUCAUCUUGUCCUGCAAUUCCUGGCUUUCUUUUUAAGCAUCGUAGGACUAUGGGCUGCAUGGAAGUUUCAUGUUGAUAAAGGCAUCGAUAACUUCUACAGUCUCCACUCGUGGCUGGGGCUAGCCUGCCUCGUCCUGUUCGGGAUUCAGUGGGCUGCUGGAUUUGCGACCUUUUGGUAUCCCGGUGGAUCAAGACAUAGCCGCGCAAGCCUGAUGCCGUGGCAUGUAUUUCUUGGGCUAUACAUCUACGCUCUAGCUGUAGCUACUUGUGCCACUGGUCUUCUGGAGAAGGCAACGUUUCUACAAACGCAGAAGAUAAUAUCACGAUACUCGGCCGAGGCAUUGCUGGUGAAUUCUUUGGGGAUCUUGAUUGUUGUUUUGGCAGGUUUUGUGAUUCUUGGAGUGGUCUCUCCCAUGCAGGGGAGAGGUGAUAAUCCUAAAGGAAUGGCAGAGUAAUGGCUACAAGAGCGAUUGAUAUUUUUACAGCAGCACAUCGAAACCACAUUUAUUGAGGAUCGAGAAUGGUUGAAGCAUUGUUGUUUCUUUGUGAUAUGUCAUCUUUCAACAGUCCAUUAUUGGUGAAAAUUCAAAUUUUUAACACAACUAUUCGAAAGAUUGUGGUUCACUGGUUCCACUUCUAGCCGAAA